AUGAGUUAUGAAACACUAGUAGAAGCUGAUAGUGAUAAUACAAAAGUUGAAAUACAAAAUAUAGAUGAACCUGUUGAAGGUGAACUUCUAAUUCAAAGUCCAACUUUAUUUAAAGAAUAUUGGCGAAAACGUAAUGAAACACAUGCAACAUUUACAAUUGAUGAUAGAUUUUUAAAAACAGAUGAUAUAUGUCGUUAUGAUUCUGAAAAAAAUAUUUUCAAUUCGUGA